AUGCAUCAUGCUUUGACCUAUAAGCUACUUCAACCUUGGCCAUUAUUUACUUUAUUGCUUCUUGUUGGAGUCAUUUUGCCAGGCGUUGUUGCAGCAGAGGAUUUCGGUUCGAUAUUAACCUCUGGGAUCCAGGAUAUUAGUGCGAUUGCUGCUAUCUUUGGUACGGACCUUGUGGAAAAGAAAUGUAAUCUUACAUUGCAAGGCCUUCAGUACCCUGUAUUUGCAACGAUCGGCAUGUUUGGAAGCCUUGGAUACGCCAAAUGGGCUUUGCAGACCAUUUUGCCAGUACAAAUGAGUAUGCGAUUGUUCAUGCCUGAAGAGAACCAAUUGAGCUUUGAAUGCAACAUUUGGAUGCACGUAUUUGGCAGCCGCCAGGAUUGGUCAAGUAAAGCCGGUGAUACGAAACUUCCAAAAACUUUGAAAUUCUUCACGGGCCGUCUUAGUAUUGAUGCGUAUACGAACCCCCCUGAAGCUUGGUAUACCUAUGCAGGCCGUCUUAUGGAUGCGUAUGCGAAUCUUGGACUUAAAGUUGUCAAGGAAACCUAUGACGAACCCAUCAUCUCAGCCGCUGUAGCAUCAAGUCUUGCUGUGAUUACUUCAUUUACCGGAUUGAUUCCAUUCAUUCCACAAUUUUUGGAAAUUGGAUUAACUUGGGGUCCUUUUCUUCGAUGCUCAGCGUCUGCAAUCUUGGCUAUCUGUAACAUAUGGCAACCUCUGAUAUUUACGAUAUUCUUAGUCCCUAAUUCGGUUAGUGCAAAAUCAGUAAGCCGUAUCAGUUUGUCGAUUGCUAUAAUGUUGGCUGGUAUUCUCGUAGCUGCAGCAUUUGCUUUAGUGGCAGGCUAUGUUGGAAGCUUCCAAACAGUGCAAUCAGGAUCAGCUAAUGCAUCGAUCGUAUGGCUCGCAGUGGAACUUUGCCUUAUGCUUGUGAGGCUCUUACUUUGGUGCCUUACGCCAAAUUUUUUACAACUCGGCAAUAUCGGUAUUAGAUUGGAGGAUCCAGCACCCUUUAUACAUCAGUCUCAUAAACAAUGGCUGAAUGAGGACGAAACAAAAGUUGCUUUAUUUGCGUUUGAUGCUGCCAUUGUAAGCAUUGGAGAAUUUUCGAAAGUUACUGGCCUACGUACGGAAUAUCCCCAAAUUUUCGUUAAAGCUUCCCGGAGAGGGGAAGAGCAUGAAUACCUAGUUUGCACAACCCGUCCGGAUGGAAAAGAGAGAGGUCUUUAUGGCAGACGACUAGUACAUAACACACCGUUGGAUUUCCCGGAAAUAAUAGAUUAUCCUAGCAUACAAGACACUGAAAUAAGCAUGUAUCCAGCGGUGGACGACCUAUUCCACGACUGUUAUCUUGAUCAUGCUCCUCUCUUUGGUCAUGCCCACAACAUUCCAGCGUCAAAACGUUACCGAUUGGAUCUUGUCCCAAGAGUACAUGAUACCUUAGGUGGCCAUAGACACUAUUGGAGCAGACCGGCUUUCAGCCUAUAUAACGACCGGUAUCCACCUCAUCUUCUGACAAGACUGCAUUUUACAAGAUCAUGGAUCUAUUUAGCCUUCAGCUGCUGGAUCGAAAAGCGUGGCGAAAAUCUAUACGAAAAAGGUCAUCAUGGAAGUUCCACAAAUGCAGAUUCUACCAACAAUGAUCGAUCGAGUGCUGUAACAUGA